CCGGAAGGGUGAUGUGGCUGGGGCUUCGCCGGCCUCACUAUGUCUGCCAUUUUCAAUUUUCAGAGUCUUCUGACUGUAAUCUUGCUGCUUAUAUGUACCUGUGCUUAUAUCCGAUCUUUGGCACCCAGCAUCCUGGACAGAAAUAAAACUGGAUUGUUGGGCAUAUUUUGGAAGUGUGCCAGAAUUGGUGAACGGAAGAGUCCUUAUGUAGCAGUGUGCUGUAUAGUGAUGGCCUUCAGCAUCCUCUUCAUACAGUAGCUUGGCAAAAUGCCAGAAUUUAAUAGCGAUCAGAUUUCAAUAUAUAAAAGGACUUAUCAACAGAAAAUAAUGGAAAGAAUGGUUUACCCUUUUAUCUCGGAACACUGAAUGAGAUAAAUUUCCAGCUGCUGGUCUCUAUUUUUUGUUACUGGACCAAUGUUCUAUAUAAAUAAUUAGGAUGUAACCAUUUAAUACAGAAGAGUUUAAUAUGUCUGUAACAACCUCAGUACUGUCACUACAAUAUUGCAUUCUGCAAAUGUCAUUCUGUUGUGUCAGAUACCAGCUUUUGGUAAGGUAUCUUAGAGCACAUAGUAGAAACAAAAUUGGUAAAUAACUCAAGUUUCUUUCACUGUGAUUUGGAAAUGAUAAAUCUUUAUAGAA